ACCCUGCAGGGGCGUUUGGACACUGCGCUUGACUGCUGAGUCCCCACACCGCACGGCAGCAGCAGCAGCAGCAGCAGCACCAUGGCAGCUACGAGAUCCGAAAACGGAGUCGAGUCCGAGCCAGGCGGACUGGCGGCGGGACUGCGGGCGCGCGUCUCGUACGUCGACGAUCCUGACACGCGGCACGACGACAAUGCGAUCUACCCGCAGAACUGCAUCCGAGAUCCGUUUAUGGACAGAAACGUUCAUAAGGACAACACGGUCUACCCGCAAAGUGAGCUGGAACCAGGCUGGAGCAUCGGGCCCGCUCGCCUGCAAACGAGGGCCCCUGCAACGGAUCCACUCGUGGUAUCCGCCGGAGAGCCGGCAUACAGUUUCCGUAGCCCGGAGUCGGUGGAGAUGGAUGAGAUCAUGGCGGCGAUGGUGCUCACCAGUCUGUCCUGUAACCCCGUGGUCCAGAGUCCCCCGCAGACAGAAACCGGAACAGCCGACAUGGAGUGCGGCGGCGGCGAGCUCUCCGACAGCGGCAGCAGCGGCUACUGGAGCUGGGAUCACGGCAACGUCAGCCCGGCCCCCUCGCCGUCCGUCCCGGAGAUGGACGGCAGCCCCGAUGAAGGCCUGAACAUGGAGCUGGAGCAGGGCGACGGCGGCCUUCAUGCCAAAAAGCCAAAGAGCUCUUUCAAAGGCUUGUACAAGUGUCUUUGGCCCAGUUGCGGCAAGGUGCUCACAUCCUCCGUCGGAAUCAAAAGACACAUCCGAGUGCUGCAUUUGGGCAGUGGUUCAGAUCAGUCACAGAGAGAAGAGGACUUUUAUUUCACAAAGAUAUCCUGCGAGGCCGCGGACACCGGCGUCACACUCGUUCCCGCCCAGCAGGCUUUGGGCCAAGCGUCGGCUCUCGGCUGGGCCACGUGCAGCUCGCCGACCGCUUUGGCUGUUCAGAUCCCGCCCGCGCACAGGCCGAGGUCCAACUCCAGCUCCGGCCUGGGCGCGAGCAGGCCCACUCCGCUCAGUCAGUCAGCCCCCAGCAGUUUCUGGCAGAUCCACACCGAGCAUCUCUAUCAGGCCUGUAACCCCGCCCAGGCACCUUCGGUCCCCCGAAGUCCAGCGUGCCACACUUUGACCACGCCCGCCGCCGCCCAUGGCCACAGUAACCCUCAGAUGGUGAAACCUCGCUGCCGCUCCGUCAGCGUCGGGGAGCAAUGGCUGCAACAGAACAGGCUCCAGACGAUGAGCGCGUCACCCUCGCGCACUCACUGCUCCUUCAGGAAAGGUCGCGGGGAGGCCAAGAAAUGUCGCAAGGUCUACGGAGUGGAGCGAAAGGACCAGUGGUGCACUGCCUGCCGCUGGAAAAAAGCCUGCCAGCGCUUCCCCGACUAAACAGCACAAUGGAUGGUUGCACGGAUGGAUGGAUGGAUGGAUGAUAAAACUCACAUUUUAUCAUAAAAGACGUUAUAGUGUAUAGAACGGCCAUUGCGAAAAUGUUUUUUUUUUUUUUAAAUACAUAUAAUGUCUUUCAUAAGCCGCCUCCAGACGAUUUGUGAUAAGAAUUUCAGAAAUCACUACGAGGAAAAUCCAGGAUAGGAGCUGCUUGCAAACAAAAAGCGCUUUGACGAUGGCUGCAUCCGUUCUUCAUCUCUUUGGGGGUCGCGUUUCGCGAUUCCGAUUCGUCCGGCCAUUUAUGAACCGUCUGUUUAUUGUUCCCGUGGGUAAUGAAGGUUUGUGUAUGUUUGCCCCCCCCCUCGUCGGUCUGCCACGGUGCUAACUGUUGACUGACGUUGAUCACGUGACGUACUCGACCUACAAUACUCUCCAAAGGUCAUCGAACUACAGCCCUUUGUGACCCCGUCGUACAGUAUUAGACGGCUUAGAUUGCUUCUUUGUUUGUUUAAUCCAAUCCUCUUCCAGUGGUUUCCGGUAUCUUGUGCGCUUUGAGCUACGGUACGUGCGAGUGUUUUGUACCUUUUUUAAUGUCUCGUUAAGCCUACAUUUGUUGCGAUUCUUUUUUUUUUUUCCCUCCCAUGUUUACGGCACUUUGGUGGAAUAUAAAAAAUCACAGGAAUAAGCUACGGUUAAUUUGGUUUCAUUUAACCAGAUUGAUUCCAAUAAAAACGGAUUCUCUUCCUGCCCAUGUUGGCAAACAACCAAUGUUGGUGGUUGUUUGGAGUGUUUACGGCAAUAAGAGUUUGCAAAAGCAAUAACAAAACAAAAAAAAAGGAAAUGCAGUAUAUUGUCACACACACAAAAAAAAAAAAAUCAAUAAAAGCACUCAUAAUUUGA